AAGCGCGAGAGGCAGCAUGUGCGUUGGGACAAUACAGUCCUUCCGCAGCUCAUAGCUGUGUACAUUCAGUGGGAGCGUUUGCGUUAUUCCGGAUCGGGGGUCACACCUAGAGCGGAUCCUUGCGAUUGUGGGGGCAGCCACCUGGCACUCAAAGUUGUUUGUUUGCGGUUUGACCGCAAAGAGGAGGUCUUGCUUAUUGUUUGCAGUACCCGCCCUGCUCCCGUCCAGCUUGUUGAGCUUGGGAUGUUCCCAUGUGCUCCAUAUCGCCCUUCACUGGCCGUAAGCAUCGAUAUGUUGGAAUGGGUCUCACUUUUCUUCAAGUUUACCGCCCCAAAUAACCGGGCAUGGGCAGCUACCAUGCAAACCAUACUUCAAAAUCGCGGGUUUCAUUUUGAUGCCAAGGACUCUCUUCGUAGACGUUUCGCGAAUGCCCUGAAAUAUUACCAGAGUCUCGUUUCGUUAGUCCAAGCGGAGCUU